AUGCCUGUUAAUCGAGGUGGUAAAAUGUAUAAACCUAUUAGGUGGUUUCCCAACAUUCCCGCCCCAACCAUUGACACUGAAACGAUCCUGAAAGCCAAUCUUCGCAUCCUUGUUCCCGGAUUUUUUCCACGAUAUUUAAAAUUUCGACUUACGCAUUUAGUGCUUAACUGGUUCUUUGUCGACGCCAGUCCGACGGACGUGGACGAAAUCCUCCAUUUUCUCGAAGACGCUCAGUGCCGGAUUGAGGACAUGGGGUCCACCGAGAAAUUUAGAAAGUGCGGUCCUCGUCAGCAUUCGGUGCAUUCUGUGUGCAUUGUUGGGCUCUGCGUGGAGUUUCGUUUCCAAAAAGAUUGCACAAUGACUGAUAACAAUUACGAAAUCGACUUUACAAAUACCUUCAUAAACGCGUGCCCUUCCACAUCCACAACGUAUUAUGUAAGAUUACGUUAUAAAGAAACACUGGUAUGGGCUUCAGUUAGCGGCAAUUAUGAAUCUAUUAAACUUAAAGCUUCUCAGUGUUUCCCAGAAUUAUUGGGAUCCUCUUUCAACAUACGUGAUUCGGAUGGAGCUAUAAUAAACGAGGAUUUUAUAAACGACUUUUUAAACAUUUCCAACAAAGGGGUAAUACUGAGUUUUGUAAAGGACGAUGAAGUCAUAGAACAAUUGCCUACGGAGAGAAAUAUAAAUUCUCCUGCCUUUUCAACCUAUUCAUUGGCAUAUACCGGAGGAGUUAGUAGUGCCAGUACGGAAACUUUGCAGUCCUUGCCUACGUCCCCGGCACCAUCCGAUAUCUGCUCAAAUUUCGAUGAAGAUGAUGAUUCUUAUUCAUUAAUAGUUUCCCCUACUGGUAAGAAGCGACUAAAGACAUCAUCAAUUUCAUACCACAAUUUAACUGAUCACGAAUUCAAAAACUAUUUGUUAUCUGAUGCUUGGGGCAAACAAGUAAUCAGCUACUAUAAAGAAAAUAGAACAUUAGAUGACAAACAUAGGAUACGAUUGGUGCAUAUCGCAGUUGAUCAUAUGUUACAAUUUAUGCCCCCCAAUACUUUACCUUCUGCUGAAACGAGAACACAAUAUGCUAAAUGCAUAGUAACACUGUUCCCAAAAUUGAAAGAUGUACAUACUGACGAAGGAUAUGAAGCAUUUAGGGGAUUCAUCGUUGGCCGCUUACGAACUGUUUUUAGAGAUAAAAAAGUGAAAAAAGGAAAUUCUACAAUUCAAGAGAAUUCCACAGUCAGUAGUGAUGAGUAUGAUGAGAGUGUUCAAGAAACCAUAGAGUUUUUGAAGGCAGCAACGCAGGAACAGAUAAAAGAUAUUUUUAAACGUACAAGACAGACAUUUGACUUUAGAAACAGUCACAGACAAGAUAUCGAUAAAUUAUUUCCCAGGUUUUUUGAUACGCCUGGCUUAAUAAGUUUGGAAUUUUCUCUAAUGUUUCCUGAAAAUGAUAUAUUUCAUAAAACUUUUUCAAAAAAUAUUUCCAUAAUUAAAAAACUAUACACAACAACAGCAACAAAUAUAAACACAAAGUUUUUACACGAAGAAAAUAAGGACCCCCAAGAUUGGAAUGCAACUACCAAUGCAAUUUUAAUGUUGGUUUACUUGUUACCCCCAACUAGCUCUAAAAAUGCAAGAAAACAAAGUGCCGCUACAGCUGCAAACAAACUUAUAAUAUUUAAAGAUAUGCAAGUACCUUUCACUACUAUUUUGAAGGAAAGACCAUCCAAACAACCGUUCAUACUGGCAAUUGGAACAUCCAAAGCUGCAAUAAGUAAAUAUUACGUAGUAUUUGACGAACACAUAAUCCCUUCUCCUGAACAAAAUGUAAUAACUGCGUUUGAUCUUUGUUUUAAAGUACAUUUUGUAUUUAAUUUAGAUUUUGAGAAAUCUCUAGAGUAUUUUUAUAAAUUUGUUCAAAAUGCGUUUUAUAAUUUAGAAGUAAAGACAAUAUCCGAUAGAAUUCGUUGGUUGAGAACUAAAAUGGAUCACUUGAUGUCGCCAUCAAGCGAUGAAUCUGAAUAAAGAAAUACCUAAAUAUCAUUUUUACACUGUUGUGUUAACAUUUUAGAAGUAUUUUUUAGUUUUUAUAUUAGUUUUAAACAUGUUUUCUUGUUUUUUAUGUACUUUUAGUAAUUUAGCGUUAGGUAAAUUUUUGAAACAUUUACGACAGGUGCAUGCUUUGUACGAUAACGAAAAAUUAAGAUUAAAAUGCUUUAGUUGUACCAACAUAUAUGAAACUUUUAGUGGAUAUAGGAGACACAUACAAAAAUGUAACACACACAAAAUUAAUAAGGAUCGUUCUUCAAUCUCUAAUGUUGUAAAACCUCAAACUGAGUUAAUAUGUGCAUCUACUAACGAACAUUUUGAUUUUGGAUGUAACCUAACAUCAAAUACUAAUCAGAAAUCGUUAAGUGAUUACUGUGCGUCAUAUGUUUCGAGUUUAUACUCUCUGGGUUUACCAGACUCGACCAUUCAAAAUAUCCUAGAAAUGAAUGAAAAAUUACUAAAAAUAAUUUCGGAUACACGAAUCAGUAGCACCAUAGCUGUUCAGAAUGCAUUUUCAGAUAUUAACACAAAAUAUAAAAGAGAAUUGUAUUUUAAAAAACAUAUAGUUGAACCUAUUGAAAUUCCAAUAGGCAUAAGAUACGACCAAAUAUGGAAUAAGGAAAAGUUUGUCUACGAACAAAUCCUGAUGUCAUGUCAUUUUAUGUAUGUUCCAAUUUUAAAAACAUUACAAUUCCUUUUAAAAAAUGACUCUUUUCGAAAAUUAUUAUUUCAAAAACCCAAAGAAAGUCACCCCAACAUUCUUUCUGAAUUUUCACAUGGAAGUAUUUUCCGAAAGAGUGCAUUUUUUAAAGAAAACCCUCAUGCGUUUCAGCUGCAGCUCUACUUCGAUGAAUUUGAUACGGUAAAUCCAUUAGGAUCCAAAACGGGAGGACACAAAAUUGGAGCAAUUUAUAUGAUGAUAAAGAACUUACCCGCUCAGUUAAAUUCAGUUUUGGAGAAUAUUCAUUUAGUUGCUUUAUUCUAUGCCAAUGACAUAAAGAAAUUUGGCAUGAACUCAGUUCUAGAUAUCAUUGUUAAAGAUAUUAAAAUUUUAGAAGAGCAAGGAGUUUAUGAUGACGUUGCAAAGACAUUUUUAAAAGGCACAGUUGUCUCACUUAGUCAUGACAAUCUGGGUGCUAAUCAAAUUUUUGGCAUGGUAGAAUCUUUUUCCUCAACUAACUAUUGCCGCAUUUGCAUUGCUAAUAAAACAGACGCACAAAGUAGAGCCAUUCAAGAUGAAAGUUUAUUAAGAAGUGAUUUUAUGUAUGAACAACAUUGUAGAUCGCUAAAACAGGAAACCGAUCUUUCGAAAAGAUCUAAUAAUACGGUCUGUGGCAUUAAAUUCCGAAGUUCCUUAAAUAAUCUUACUCAAUUUAAGUUAUGUAAUAAUCAGUCUGUAGACAUUAUGCAUGACUUAUU